CUGAUAUGUUCACCCACAACUUAACACUCUCUCCCCCCCUCAAAAAAGCUGCAUGGUAGAUUCUAGUAACUUUACCCAGGUCCCUCCAAUGCCUCCUCACGGUUCUGCCAACCCGUGGACCAUGGGAGUAACCAAGGGAAGGCAGUGGGGGGGGCAGCUGCCCUCUUCCCAACAAGAAAAAUAAAUACUUCACUAACUGAGGUUUUGAUUUCCCAACAUGAAGCCUGGCUACGCUCUGAGCAGAAACCGUUCAGAGACGCAAGGCGCGUCGAGGUCCCGAAGGCGCUUCAGAAGCGCGCUCUGGAACAGGCCGCGCAGCAGUCGCAGAAGCCAGGGAACCGGUUGAUCUUUAACUUCAACGAGGGACUUUGCUCUUUAACUUUAAGCUGGGCGGGAAAAGCUCCCGGAGGCGUUAGCGCGCCAGUGAGGAGGAGAGAGAGCGGGCUAUAAACUCCUGAGGGAAGAGAGGCGUCAGGUCCCGCCGCCAAGCCGGUCGUGCUCUCCGUGGGAGACCUGCAGUUGUGGAUCAUGGAGUCCAGUGUGGUGAGGAAAGCGGCGUCGGGCGGGUGGAGUGGGGCGCCAAGGGGACCCCCCCCCCCAGCCCAGCGAAGGAAGUCCGGGGACGCUAGUGCCCUUUGUACGCCCAGGUGCCUGAAAAGGCCAUUCGCCUCAGCUGCCUUUGUUUACCCUCCUCCCCAAUGAAUCGUUGCCACUGGCAUUCGGGAUAUGGAUUCUUGCCGAGUUUAGGGCUGCCGCGCGGUAAUGAGUGAAAACGAAUAACUGAAAAUAAACUGUUUCAGACGAGUUGCUUCCUCAACAGCUUUUCCUUCCUCAAACCAGGUGUGUGUCUCUCCCCCCCCCCCCGCGUUGUUCUUAUCAUUUCCUUAUUUCUUUGAGAGUCUAAUUAGGGUUGCCAACUGACAGGGAGCAGGGGAUGGCCAGACCUGCUCUUGUGCCUUUUAGCUGCCUAUUGGUGUGCAGAAAUGCACAGCUGAAGCCAUUUUGCAAGCCUGCAGAGAAGCAUGAAGGGCAGCAGUCCCAUUCCUGUGUGAAGGCACUGUAUGGAGGGGCUGACUGAAAAGCUGGCAACCUCAUCCAUGCAAGUUGGUGGUUCCCAAUUAGCUAAGUACCCCCUGUUUCUCAGGGAAGUUUUUAAUAUGUGACAUUUUAGUGUAUUUUUCAUCUUUGUUGGAAGCCGCCCAGAGUGGCUGGGGAAACCCAGCCAGAUGGGCAGGGUACAAAUAAUAAAUUAUAUAUUAUAUAUAUAUAAAAACAAACAAACAACCAAAACCACAAGCUAUGGAAUUUCUCACUUUUGAGAAUGUUGAAACCUCUACAGUAGGUUUUGUCGUGUGCCAUGCACCCUCUGGUGGCCUAUACAGGCUCCUUGGGGUUUGCGGACCACUGGGAAGCACUGAUGUAAGUGAUUGUGUGUAUAAAAGUGAGAGCUGAUGGCAGUGACAGAUCUUGGGGUCCCAAAUUUCAGCAGUGCCCUGUGUGAUGCCAAAAUUCAGCACUAUCUUGCCCCAUUCUAAAUCAUAGUUGCGGUACUACCCCCGCCCGAAGCUCUGUGUCCAUUGCGGCUGAUCCCUAAAUCCAUCUCUGAUGAUGAUUGCCAAGUGCACAAGUGUCUUGACAUGAAAUGAGAGAGGUGGUUUUUGGAUUAGACUGGUUCCUGUAGGACCGGUUCUGUGCACUUUGUUACUUUAUCCUGAGCCUUGCACACAACAUGCAGAUAAACCAGUCUUUCCUGCCUGCAAUUGUCCUUGAGAAAUUCAAGGCUCAAAGUCUUGCUUUACCAUUUGACUCACAGUAUUGCUUUGAGCAAGCGUCUGUUUCUCAGGGAUAUCUACUGCAUGGAAUUGGAAGGGGCUGUGACGUCAUUACGGUGAAGCACAUUGUUCAGGGCUGAAAACUACUAUGGAAAUGUGAUGCUAAACUGGCACAACUGUGUAGCAAAGCCUUACACCUGCAGCACAUUUAGUGUUUUGUGGGGCGGUUAGCCUGCAUGAUGCCUGAGUCCCUUAUUCCUGGGGUCCUGGUUCCAUCAAGGGUUAAAAUCUAAUAGAGGAUUCAAGUGCUGAAGUAAGCAUCUUGGUGAGUUAAUGGCCCUAAGUAGGGUCACUGGUAUAACAAAGGAGAUUGCUUUGUGCCAGAUGUCAGAUAGGUGGGCCCCCUUCCCUCACCUGGCUGGUUAUUGGAAGGACAAUGGCCAGUGUGUGUGUGAACUGGCAGGCAGAAGCAAGAGAGUGAGAGCCAUGCUUGAUUUCUGUUUGAUUCCAAGAUUGUGACUAUGGGAGAAGCAAGACUUUAUGGGAUGAUAAUGCUGUGAGCCCUUCCAUCUUAGGCACAGGUUGUAUAUAUGUGUAAAUAAACCAUAUAUCCUAAAGGCACCACAGUCUUCUAUCCCUCAUUCUGAGGAAACCGAGCCCAGGGUAAGUGCCUGGAACCUCUGGCAUCUUGCACUGCUCAGAGAUUAGGGUGGCAUUCAACAGUACUUACUUAGUGUGUGUGUGUGUGUGGUUUUUUUCUCUUCCAGGAUCUAUCUUUCCUGAUUGCCGGGAUGCUGGUUGCAAUAUCUGUUGCAUUGUUGGUUUUUAAACCAAUGGCCUCUCGGAAGAAGAAAGGUCCAAUUACUUUACAAGAUCCAAAUAUCAAGUAUGCAUUGUGUUUGAGAGAGAGAGAGGUAAAUUAUCUUCUCUUACAUGGUUUGAAUGCACUAAGUGGUCUUAUACUGAAUUAAUCCAUUGGUCCAUCCACAACUGUAUUGUCUAUUGUGGCUGGCAGUAGCUGUCCAGGAUGAGUUCCUUUCAAUUGCAGAUGACAGGGACUAAACCAGGGGCUUCGUACAUGCAAAAGUUGUGCUCUUUAUUGUUAGAAUCAUAGAAUUGUAGAGUUGUAAGGGAUAACAAAGGUCAUCAGGAUGCAAUGCAGGAAUCUUUUGCCCAGUGUGGGGCUCGAACCCUUGACUCUGAGAUUAAGAAUCUUUUGCUAUUAUUGUUAGAUUUAUUUAUACCUUGUGUUUCCCUGACAGAAAUCAAUGCAGCUUGCAGAUAAAAAACAAGAAUAACUAAAAACAUAGAAAAAGCAAUAAUUAAAAUACAAUUAAACAUUGAUAGAAUUAAAACUGUAUACAUAUAUAAAAUCUGUUUUAAAAAUAUAAUUACCCUAAAAGCAACAUGGCACCAGCCCUUUAAUUAAAAGAAGUCAAUUCCUAAAAGCCUGUUGGAGCAGGAAAGUAUUCAGCUGCCAGAAGGACAGCAAGUAAGGAGCUAUUCCAGCUUCUCUAGGGAGGGAGUUCCAGAGUCUGGGAGCAGCUACCCGGGCAGCCUUUCUCAAUCUGUGGGUCCCCAGAUGUUGUUGAACUACAACUCCCAUUAACCCUAGCCAGAGCUCAGGGAUGAUGGGAGUUGUAGUCCAACAACAUCUGGGGACCCAGAGGUUGAGAACCACUGAAGGCCCUCUCCCGCGUACCCACCAAGCUUGCCUGUGAGGGUGGUGGGACUGAGAGAAAAGCCUCCGCUGAAGAUCUCAAAACCCAGGCAGGUUUGGAUGAGGGAGUAAGGACCUAAGCUGUGUAUUCUGUCACUGAACUAGAACCCCUCCUAGCUGUUUGCAUUUCAUAGCAAGAAACGAACUUUGACAUAUUUUCCCUGUGUUACGGCUGUAUCUCUGUGCCAAAUCACUGCACAAUGCACAAAAUGCCUCUGAAAUAAAAAUAGCCAAUCUUUACUAAUUUCAAGGUGCUGAGCACAAAAAUGACAUUAACAUUAGUUGAUUGGCUCCUGUGUAGGAGAUACAAAGUGUCAGUACGCCUUUGAGCCGAUGCCAACGACUAGGCUCAACAACUGGAUCUGCCCCGACUGGGCUAGGUGACUGGAAAGCACUUCCAGAGACCUUCCACUCCUGGAAAUCAGGUCUAAGUGUACUGGACCCACAACUGUGAGUUGUGAGCACCAAACUCAGCAGAGUAUGAACAACACAGAAGAAAGUGGUGAAGCAUAACUUCUUUUAUUUCUAAUAGCUACUGCAAACUAAAUUAAAGAGGUACAGGCUUGCAUGAGUGUUACAGUUCUCACUCAGCCAUCUAAUCACUACAGAGAUAACACACAGACUCUCACAGGCAGGAGCCGAAGAAUCAAAGAGCAGUUUCCGCCCCCUCCUUUCUGAAAACAUCAGGAGAUUCUCGCAAUGGGAGGGGGUGAAAAUAUCCACACAAAGAUGAUCAUGUAUAAAUGACCCAGUCCACAUUGAGUACACGAUUUCAUUUGGCAACGAUGUAUUUCAAACUCCACACAUUCUUACACAAGAAGAGCUGAACAAUCUUGUUUUGUGAGCUGUAGGGCUGUGCAAGGCCAAAGCGGAUUUACUGGGAUCAAGACUUCAGCAAUGGAAUCUUCUGAAGGAAAUUGUCUGAGUGACUUCGAAUCACGCUAGUCAUGAAGAUCACCUUAUGUUCUGCUAUAAUGUAAAUGGCCUGAUGAAUGUCCUUGGAAUCAUUCAGGGUGAUGAGAAAAAAAAGCUUGGGAUGUGUUUUGUCUGGUGUCAGCUAGCUUCCAUGGGAAUGUCAGAGCAGAGAACUGGUUGAAGACGUGUCACUGUAUCGCAAACCUGGCUGCAAUAUGUCCUUAAAGAUCCACUUUCUCCUUUCCCACUUGAAUUUCUUUCCCGACAACUGUGGUAUGGAUAGUGAUGAGUUUUCAUCAGGAAAUUGCAACGAUGGAGAAACGAUUCCAGGGGAAGUGGUCUGCUGCCAUGUUUGCUGACUUCUGUUGGACGCUGCCCAGAGAUGCUACUGAACAGCUAUGCAAGUGACAGGCUAAGCGGCAUUGGAUGUAGAAGCCGGCUUAACCGAUGCAUGUUGUCACGUGCACAUUCUUCAAUUGCCGUGUUUUUCGCUCUAUAAGACGCACCCAACCAUAAGACACACCUAGUUUUUAGAGGAGGAAAACAAGAAACAAGAAAGCAACGCAAAGCCUCCUGAGCGAAGAGGGAGGAGCACUCCCGCAGCGCUCAAGAGGCUUUGCGUGGCUAUCCCUGGAGAGCAAGAGGGAUCGGUGCGCACCAAUCCCUCUUGCUCUCCUGGCUUCAGCGAUAGCUGCGCAGCCUGCAUUUGUUCCAUAAGACGCACACACAUUUCCCCUUACUUUUUAGGAGGGGAAAAGUGCGUCUUAUAGAGCGAAAAAUAUGGUGUAUAGUAAACCUUUGCACAUCUCUAUGAAACAGUAGUCAUUUUUGUGUUUUCAUUGUUGCAUUUGUGUUCAGCACCUCAAGAUCUAUAAGAAAUGGCUACUUUUAUUUCAGAGACAUGACUUACGUCAGAAUUUGUUGUGCAAUGUAAUGAACCAAGUAACUUUCUUCAAGUGAAAGAAGAAUGCCACAUCCCUAAACAGCCAUAGCAUGGACAGAGUGGGGAAGCAAUCACUGUGGCUGGACCAACAGGGUCAGAUGGAUUUGCCUAAAUGCUUUUGUGUCCUUCUCAUAAGUGUCCCAGAAAUAUCUGAUUGAGCCCUGUAGGAAGCAAAACACACCAGAUUGAUCUAGCCUGGCCCCUUUUUUGUUCUUAAGCCAAUCUUAAGUCAGUGCAAGAUGAUUGGCUGAAGUAAAACAGGGCAGAAGCUAAGGAGAAGUGUAAGGUAUUGUUUGCCAAGGGUAUAAUUUUACCUGUAAGCUUUUUAAGGAGCUUGGCUAGGAAGCAAGAUUGAAAAGAAACAAGUGAAGAGAUGAAAGCACACAAAACAGUUCUGAUUACAUGCAAAAUGUAGGUGCUUCCACACUAGAUGACCAUAGAAUGAUAGAAUUGUAGAAUUGGAAGGUACACCAAGGGUCAUCUAGUCCAACCCCCUGCAAUUCAGGAAUAAAGAAUCAAGUUCUUACAGAUGUGGAAUGGGCAUUAUGUGGCACCUGUAGUAGUGCCUAUUCUGCUAAUCAAAGCAAAUCCAUGAAGAGUAUUAUGUGACUUUAAAAAUUUGAAGUUUUGGAAUGUUUUGUUACAUAGCAUAACCCUGCAAUACCCACCUUUUUGUGUUUUUACAGGAGAUCAGUCACGAUACCAGGAGAUUUCGGUUUGAACUUCCGUCAUCAAAACAUAUAUUGGGCUUGCCUGUAGGUAAGCAUGGCUGCAUAUUAUGAUUUCUAAGACAGAGCCUUUUGGGUGACAGCACCCCAUCUCUGGAAAAUCACUCUGGAAACUCUUCAGAACUGAUUCAACUCCAGUGUCAGUGGAGGCAAAUUAAGAUUGUACAGACUUUUCUUGGCAUAACAGCCUAAAAAUAAUGAUGUUUUCAAGCAUAAUGUGAGAUUGUGUUGGUUUCCAAUUCCUCAUCUUCCUGAAAUUGAUUUCCAUGUGUUUUCAAGCUUAUGUUCACAACUAUGAAGAUUCUUUCUUUCUCUCUCUCUCUCUCUCUCUCUCUCUUUCUCUUUCUCUCUUUCUCUCUUUCUCUCUCUCUUUCAAAAAUGUAAAUUUUGAGCAGUCCAAUAGUUUAGCUAGUUUGUUAAUGCUAUUAUGAACUUUGGAAUGAAAAGUUAACAGUUUCUCCCACCUAGGCCAACACGUUUAUCUCUCUGCCAAAGUGGACGGUAACCUUGUGAUCCGGGCCUACACUCCAGUUUCUAGUGAUGAUGUGAAAGGCUAUGUUGAUUUAAUCAUAAAGGUAUAUUUAAAUUUAUUUAAUGCUGGUAGCUUGAUCUGCUUGGAUUUUGGUUCUAUUUCUCAUAAACAUGGGUCUAAAUUACAAUUUGCAGCCAGAAAUUAGAUCAUUUUUAAAUUUAUGUCUGAAGAAGCACACUAGGUUAUUAUUAACAUAUUUUAAAAGUGUAUGGGCUCAUUCUGGAAUCAGAGAAUGGUGUGGACAUGAUGGGAAAUACGCUUUGCCUCAGCUUCCUUUAUUAUACAUGUUAACAGAGACUUGUCUGUCUGGGCACUGAAAAUAAAACACAACUCACAUUUGUGUGUGUGUGUGUGUGUGUGUGUGUGUGUACAAUGAUCUUAAAGUGCUCUCAUGGGUGUUUUGAAGAUUGGUUCUACUGUGGGUACUGAAUAUGUCUGCAGGUUCUGAUGGAUUUAGUGGGUUAUAGGGGUGGGGGGAUGUAAUGAUGUAUAUCUUGAAUGCCAGCCACUGAACUUUGUACUGAUCUCCCCCCCCCCCCCCCCAGAUCAAAUGUAUAGUUGCAUGUUAAAUGUGCUGCUUUAUGCAGGAAAUAAGCUUAAUGUUUUUACUUGGGGAAGGAAGAAGCUUUCAAAAUCCUGGUUGCAUCUUGACAGUAGGAAGAUGAAGUACAGAAACAGCUGGUUCUUUCUUCAGUGAUACAUUGGAAUAAAUGUAACUGAAGCAACUUUAUUACUAUUUUUUCUUCAGUACUGGAAGUAUUAAAGGACCAGUGUGUGUGCAAGUGACUUUCCCCCCCUGUGGCUGGAUCAUUCAUUGCUGCAGUAACUGCAGUAGGAUGGAAAAACUUGAGUUGGCUAAAUUAAUGACUUCUUUUCAAGCCAUCCUUGUAUGUCACUCUGUUGUGGGGUUUUGUCUUCUCUCGUGUAUAGUAGCAACAUUUAAUCUAACCCAGGAUUCUUCCAAAGCUUGAAAAGAAUCAUUGUGCACAGGGAAGUAUUAAACUAGGCACCUCCAUCAUUUAUCCACUUGCUCCUCUGCCUGAUGCACACAAAUGUGGCAGGUGAAAGUUAUCCAGGCAUGGAAUAAAGAGGUUGAAAAAACUUAAAUCUGAUAAAUAUGUCAAUUUCAGGCUUUUGUAUAAAACAGAAGGGCAGGGCCAGUGCUAUGCCAGCCAUACUAAAGACAGGAUGUUUCUGCUUUGAUAUAAAGAUUAGUGACUUGUGAGCAUAUUGUGUGAUACUCUGUAACACUUUGUAAUGAAAAAGGUGAAUCUUUUGCUGUUCUGGGGGAAGGAUGUCAUAGAAAGGGUGGGGAACCUGUGGUUGUCCAGAUGUUGGAUAAUAAUAAUAACAAUAAUAUUUUAUUUAUAUCCCACCCUCCCCAGCCGAAGCCGGGCUCAGAGUGGCUAACAACAAUAAAAGUAACACAGCAUUCUAAAAGCAAUUCAUUGAUUUCAUAACUCUCAUCAUUCCUGACCAUUGGCCAUGAUGGGAGUUGGAGUCCAGCAACAUCUGAACGACUACAGGUGUCCCCCCCCCCCUUGCCUACUUCCAGGAUGACUCCUUACCAAAGCUUAUCCAGAGACCAAAUAAGACUUAGUACUUUAGACUUGAGUUCUUAAAGUUUAUCUGGUAGGGUAAAUAGAAGUGCAGUGGUUUUUUUGUUACAAACUCUGGGAUUUUCUGGGUUCUAUUUCAUGUUUUGUGUGAUAACAGACAAUUGUGACACUUCGUUUUAGCUCAAAGGGCAGAGUGAAAAAUGUUGUUAUUUACUCCUUUCCAUUGCAUCUCACUGUUGCCUUAAAGUAAAAUGGCUAAAUUCUUUCUACCACUGUUGUGUGUUCCCCCACUUCCUCUUCAAACAGGUUUACUACAAAAACAUUCACCCCAAGUUUCCGGAAGGUGGGAAGAUGUCCCAGCAUUUAGACAACAUGAAAAUUGGUGAUACCAUUGACUUCAGAGGACCUAAUGGACUUCUGGUAUACAAGGGGUCAGGUACAAUAAGGUCACAGAAUCCAGAUGCUUAAAAUAGCUGCUAGAUGAUGUGAUGAAGAAGAUAUUUGGGGCAGUCUUUCACCUGUUGUCCGAACACUGUAACAUUAGUAUGCCAAAGAGGGUAAUCAACAGGAAUUUGUGACAACUGAACAGUGAUGGUGCUCUUGAGAGACAGAUGGGCAGAAGUCACUGAGAGAUAAGAGUUACAGCAUCUCAGCUGAAGCAGGGGGGCUUCAAGAUGAUGUGUAUCUUUAAAUCGUUUAAGCUAUCAUGUGCUGCAGUAGAAUUGGAGCAGUCAUUUCAUCAGACUCUGUUGAAGGGAGAGAGAGUGGACUGCAGGGCCCCUCCAUCAGUUCUGCUGAGAUAUCACAAAUAUUUGGAUCCUCCACUUAUGGAAAUCUUUCAAUUCCAGGCUGUCAUUACAAGAACUCUACAAUUGAAAAACAGUGCCCCGAGUUUACCUUUUUCUUUCUUACUCCCAAUCUUUUUUUCUCUCUCUUGUGUCACUCACCUCAGGCUUAUAAACUAAAAGACAUGGCACACAAAAAAAAAAGAUUGGUAGGGAGAAAGAAAGAUGCAAACUUAAAAUUUAAAAAAGAUCACACUGCCCAGAGCAACUUCUAAACAUAUCACUUAUAUUUGUAAGCUGCUCUGGGCACCUCUUUUUCUUUUUUUAACUGAAGAGUAGGGUAAAAAUGCUUUUAAUAAUAAUGCAUUUUAAUUUUUUUGCUAAGAUAAUUGCUAACUCCAGUCCUUUUUAAAAUACAUGUGCAUCAAUACCUUCUCUUAUAGUGCAGUCCUAUGCAUGUUUAGUUGAAAGUAAGUCCCACUGUGUGCAGUGGGAUGUACUCUCAAGUAACUAUGCACAGAAUUACAGCCUUAAUUACAUAGUUUUCUAUUCCAUGUUAGCUGCUGUAAAUGAAGCAACGUACUCCAACCUAUAAAUCCUGGCUUCUACUGGCUAGACUAUAUUGCCUCACUGUUAAUAUGAUGAGUGACCGGCUGUGUAGCUCAAUCCUGUGUUUACUUGGAGGUAAAGCCUACUGUUUCAGUAGGUUUACAUAGGAUUGCAGAUUUAAAGAGCAGUGUUGCAUGGCACAGUGAUUAAAUGCUGCUGAAAUGGUCAUAGGUUCACUCUUUGGUUUGCCUUGACAGCUGUAAUCUCAUUUUCACACAGGUAAAUUUUCUAUCAAGCCAGAUAAGAAGUCUGAAGCAAGGAUAAAGUUUGCAAAACAUGUUGGAAUGAUAGCUGGAGGAACAGGUAUGAUAUUAUGCCUUGGUGAGGGGACAGAUAGUGCUGAGCACAUGGCAAGAACUAAAGUUACUGCAUAUAUUUUAUGUGAUCAUUAAACUUGGGUGGGGCUAGCUUGAGGCUUUCCCAUAUUCAUUGUGGGCACUUCCGAAGUCCUUCAUGCCAGAGGACUUAUUGUGUGGAGGAGGCUGCUUGGCAAGCCGUUUUAGUAUUUGUUGACCCCUGGUUUUAACUCAGUAGAUGGCAUUAUGUGAUAACUAAAGCCUCUGUCACCCUUUGGCCUGUUAUAACUUAUCAACAGUAUAGAAGUGUUGCAUUUAUACAAAAUACAUUUACUUGGGCCUGAUUUAAGAUUCCUGCUGCUUCUUUCAGCAGUGAAUGAUAUGGCAGUGGUCUGCCCUUUAUUCAGCUCAAUAUUCAGUUGCAUCGGCCACUGUUCCCUUUCACCUGCUGGAGAAGUCUCCUUUUGCCCCAUGGCAGAAGGGUGGAAGGUAGCAUUGCAGGAAGAGCUGGGUGGGAGAAGCUGUGGCUGCAUUCUUGUGGGGCAAUUGUGGGGUCACUAAGAGGCAGGAGUGCUUUCUGUGUUGCACCCUAGUAACGCUCUGGCCAACAUCAAUUUGAGAACUGAGUGAUCUAUAACUGUCUGGUUCAGUGAAAACAUGGCCUGAGCACAAGAGCUUGGGGUCAUGCAGUAAUUCUGAAAUAGUUACCAUCUUGGAGCAGGUAGUAUUGAUCCCACCGGGUGGCUGGGGAAACCCAGCCAGAUGGGCGGGGUAGAAAUAACUAAAUAAAUAGUAGUAGUAGUAAUUGUUAUGUACUGAGGUUCUCACCCUGGGCCAGCAGGGGGAUACUGUAGAUAGUUAUGCAAAUAAGGGAUUGAAAGUGACGUUCAGUGAUUGGAUAGUUUUAGAAAGUUGUUACAGUAACGUUGUACUGGAGCUCUAUAUAAGCAGGCUGACUAAACCCUUCAGUUCAGUUCUGUCCUGGCCUGUGAAUAAACAAGAGCUGUUUGAAGAAUUGCUGUGUCGUCUGAUAUGUUCACCCACAACUUAACAAUAAUGAUGAUGAUGAUGAUGAUGAUGAUGAUGUCAUCCUUAGGAAUGUACUUACCAAUCUAAGAGAUUUAGUCUGGAGUGUGAAUUCAGCUACACCGAAUAUAGUAAAUGCAGGCCAAUCAUCAAGCACUACUGCUAAGCAGUCCAUUUCCCCUUGUCCUAUUUUACAGCUAGUCAAACAAAAUCUGGGACGGACUAAUCUAAAAUCUUACAAAAAUCCAAUUAGGAUAAGGCAGCAUUAAGUGUCUCUGCUUGUGGGAAUAGAAAAUAAACAUCUAAUUGUUGCAUUUGGCUUUGAUUUUUAUAGGAAUUACUCCAAUGCUUCAACUAAUUCGUCACAUUACAAAGGACCCCAAAGAUAACACCAAGUGUUACCUUCUUUUUGCUAACCAGGUAAGUAGACUUCUCUAGUUUAUUGAUUUUUCUCUGUGGUUCUCACAAAGGAUUUCGAGAAGUGGAACUGAAACAGGGUUUUAACAAGCAACAGUUUGAGUGUUAGAAGGCGGCAAGAGAAGGCAGCUUGUAUGCAUUUUCCCAUCCAGGAUAAACCAGAAAGUUUGGCCAGAAAGUGAAUGUUAAUCACACUUACUCAGAAGUAAGGUCAGUUUGCUCUGCUUCACUGGAAUUCUGUUCUAAGCAAAGGGUAACAUAGCCUCAAUGCUAAACUUUUGAGGAGCUGAUUGAUUUUACCUAAUAAGGUAAAAAUAAGAGGGGGCAGUGAAGUUAGAAACAAUGGUGCAUAAAGGUGAUUAAGAGAGGUGUGUGUAUGCAUGAAUCUCCCAAUUAUUGUACUUUGUGGAUGUUUCACUGACCUUCUACCGAUAGACAGAAGAAGAUAUAUUAUUGAGACCAGAGCUUGAAGAUGUAGCAGCAAAUCACUCGGAUCAGUUUAAACUGUGGUACACUUUGGACAGACCACCUCAGGGUAAGCGACUCUGGCUUUGAGUAUGGCAUACUUCUAGUGUAGGGAUAAGUUUGCCUUGCUAUGAUGUUAGAUAAAUUCUAGUGAGCAUUUAAAGUUUGUAAACCAGGAUUUUUCUGUCUUCGAUCAUUUUUCCUGGUUGCCGUUGAUGAUGCACCCCAGGAACCCUUGCAAAGCAAAAUGCUAUUUCACUAGUAAGACAAAAACAUCACGUGUUAAGACUUUUCUUUGGGGGGUAACCACAGGAAUCAUGAUGGUUAGGAUUUUCUAUUGAGGGAGGUGAAAGGGGAAGAAGGAACAGCAGCUCUAAGGAACAACCACCAACUUCUUUUUCUCUUGGUUUAAGACUAGGAGCCUGCCCCAUGUAGAUUGCUGCAUUUUAUAAAUGCUGUCCAUGCUGUUUGUAAGAUUCAGUAAGAGCUUUACUAGGUUCUAGUUACAUCUUUGGAAUGUGCAUCAAACUGUCAUCUGGAGAUCUGAUGGCCACCUGUCAGGAGUGGCUAACAUGUUGCUGAGCUCCAGUUUCCCAUCAGCCUCCACCCAGCUUGGUGGGGAAGUCCAGAACUAUCUGGUGGACCACUGGUUUCCUGCCAUGCAUGAUGGUCUCACUCAUUCAAGUCAGGGGCUGUCGCUUUAUGGAACUGAAUCUGGAAGCUCUUUUAGAUGAGAGAGCUAAAUGUGUUUGGAUCAUGAUCAAACCCUCUCUGGAUAUCACAUAGUAGACAUAUCUGAUGUAUUCUUAAGGUGAUAUAAUAGACAAGUAAUUGAUAUGAAAGACUAGCCCUGAAGCUUUCUAACUAUGUCCACCAUUUUUUUCAUUUCAGGCUGGAAGUAUAGUGCUGGUUUUAUUACGGAUAGCAUGAUAAAAGAACAUAUGCCUCCCCCUGCCAGUGAGACUCUGAUUCUGAUGUGUGGACCCCCACCUAUGAUUCAGUUUGCUUGUCUGCCUAAUCUUGAAAAGCUAGGGUAUGCCAAAGAAAACACUUUUGCUUAUUAAACCGAAGUUGUACCAUCCCUUUUAUAGUACGUUGUUGGUACAUACAAAUUUUGUGUUAAAGCAAGUAGUAAAAUUGAUGACUGAUGGGAGUGGUAUUUCCCGGACAUAGCUGGGAUGUGGCCAUUGGAAAUCCCCAAAAUGUCUGGGAUAAUCUGGAUGUAUGGCAACCGGUGUUUAUAUCAACACUGCUUCUCAUACUAACGGUGCUAGGUUAUGCCUUCCUCUGCAUUGAGAUGCUGCUUAAACUGUUGCAACUAUGUAAUUACAACAGCUUCUUUUGUCCAAAAGUAGUUCUAUAACCAGUAGAAGAAUGCUGCAUUUAAAAAGGCUAUCGGGGAAGCUAACAGUUUUCCAUUUAAUAAAUAUCAAAUUGUUUUGUAAAAUUUGUUUGAUGCAGUAAUAUAAUUUACUUCACAAUGACCAUUCAAGUAUGUUCAUUAUUCUGUCACUGUCUCUCUUCC